GUUCACACUGCGUCUGAAAGGGGACAAUGGAGGCUGGAUAUAUCAACAUCGGCGAAAUCGAGUUCAUUUGUGAUUCAGCCCCUUUCACCAUGGUUCCCUUAGCCCAGUCGGAGACAUUCCUCACAGACCUCUUGGAUAAAGUGUGCGAGCGAAUGAAUGACUACAAGCUCGAAGAAGACCCCGUGACUAAGGAGAAGACUUUCAAGAGAUUUGCUCCAAGGAAAGGAGACAAAAUAUACAAAGAAUUUUUAAAAUUCUAUUUUUAUUCUGAUGCUUACAGACAUUUGAAAUUCGCGUGUGAAACUAGAAUGGAAGAGUACGAAGAUGAAAUAUUCUCACUUAUCGCCCAGGAGGCACACUAGCUCACUGACAAGCUGUGCAGUGAAAAAUCAGGUCUGUGUGAAACUUCUACUAAUCACACUGAACUCUAGGAAUGACGGUGCUGCGAGUUAGAGGAGAGACAAGUCACAGCCCCCAAGGUCAACGUCUGCAUUUCUGUCUUCAUGUUUCUUCAUGAGAAGAAACUUUACGUCUCUUGUUCUUACUGCAUUGUCUCAUGUUUGAUAUUUUAUUGAAAAUCUCUUGUUUGGCAUCAUGACGAGCCCCAAUUCUUUCUAUAGGUGAAGCUGAGGGGUGCAUGAAACGAAUUACCUUUGUAGAUUUUGAUACAAACAGGCUUGGCAGGAAAGCAUUUAACUCAGUAAUAGGAAAAAAGUGAAGACAUUUCAUAAAUGAAAUAAGGAUUUAAUAAUGUGUACUGUAUAUUUCAUGCACAUAUACAAGUAUAGUGUUCUGUUUGAUAAAAACUUGAUUUGAUUUCAUAAAUACUUGAUUAGUCAUGAAAUUAAGAAAACAUAUUGCUGCAAAUUCCACGUUAAUUUUUCUGGGCUGUAUGGCUGUCACUGAAAGAAGCGAACUCACUUUAUAUCAAGAAUGAAAUUUAAAUUUCUAGAAACCUUAAGUUUAAAAACUUUUUAAUUUCUAAAAUUUAAUUAAAUGCAUAAAAAACAGUGAGUACUUUUACAGGGAACAAUAACUAUAUUGGCCUUUCUGAUGCAUACAUCCUGAAUUCAAAUGAUUUAGAAAGUUGAUUUAUUAUUCAUGUAUUUAUUAUCAUGUAGUCUUAAAGGAUGAUACCAGUGGCCAUGUUUUGUUUUGCUGCAGACUCUCCUGCCGUGCCUUUGUUUAUUAAAGAAUUUCACCUAACAUUUAGCGUGUAGAUUUUACUACUAACCAACCUAUCGUUCUUUCUUUGGAUGUUUUUGUAGGUGUGGAGAUGGAAGGAGAGGUGAGAACUUAUGGAAAAUUGCCUUUUGACCACGUUAAUAACAGAGUGUAGUAAUAAUCUCACUCUUGGAGAUUUCAUUGUCUCUGUUAAGUUUACAUUCACUGGAAUAUAACUUUAAUCAUUUAAAAGGUCAGGACCUAUUUUACACUUGUUUUAAAGAAGAAGUUCUCAUUGUUGUCUCUGAGAGUUUACUAGGUAGGAUGCUUAUACUUUGUUAUGUGGAUUACUAUUUGCUAAGAAUAAGCCAAGACCAAUGAAUCCAUUUCACUGAGGAGUGGAGAGUGGAAUAGAGCAAAGUCCCCAAAACAAAAACUAUUUGCCAUAUGUUACCUGAUGGCCUAGAAAGCACAUUACUUAAGCCACUCAACUGACUCGUCAGGAGGAAACAAUUCUUACAUUUAGAAAAAUUUGCCAAAAUGAAGAGAAAGAGGUUUCCAUUCUUCUCCUUUUCCCACCUCAACUCUUAUUAAAAGUUAGAUUUUUAAAGUGAACUUCAUUUAUUUGGGAAAACUGAGAAGGUUUGUGAUUUUUUGAUACAUCUGUAGCUGGCUAAGUAGUAUAGAUCCUACAUAUUAUAACCCAAUGAGGCUGCACUGCAUACAACUGAUAAAAAAUGGAAAUAGGAUUUAAGAAUAAUUAGCAUCAUUUUUCAGUAGGGUAGUAAAAUUGUGACUUAAAACAUAGUCCCUAUAACUUUAGUAAACUUAGCUAUUUAAGUUUAAUUUAGCAUUUCAAAAAAUGAGUCAUAAACAUUUUCCUAACUUAGGCUUCCUUGGUAAAUGCACUAAACUGUUUCUUCACGGGAACAUGUAGAGACACUGGCACAAAGUUCCCUCGAAAACCAUAACAUUUGUGAUUGUAGAAGUGGUGGCUGCGGUCCUUCCAUACCCUCAAUGGUAAAUCUGACAAAUUCUCACAUCUAGACAGUACUAAUGCUAAUCGUAGAAUUUAAGAGAUUUUGGGCUUUUGUUUCCCACCUAAAGGACCGUGGGGAGGUAUGCCUUCCCUCCACUGAUGGCUGUUUCUCAUGGAUAUUGAGGCUUCUGCUUUGACUGGAGAGAACCAGACAUCUUGCCUCUGAUGGGGAAUAUCUUAAGGUUUUGCUAAAUAGGGCUUUUCCGUUUUUUCUUACUUCCCAGUAAAAAUAAUCUUGUCUCUUGCAAGAUUUUCAAUAUCUCACGACUUAGAUAAUUGUUUUCUUUCCAGAUGGAACUUGUUAAACGCAUGUACCUGUUUGUAGUUACUGAUUAACACUACAUUUGAGUGAGCCACUGCAUUUCUUAUGGCUGCGAUGACUUAAGUUUCCCUCUGGGUGUGGUGAGGCUGUGCUGCUUUUAAAUGAACAAUAAUGAGAGAGUAGCUGACUGCUGGCUUUGCCGGGCCUCCAAACACAUUCCUGCCUUUUAAUGACUUUUAUUGACCAAAAACAAAGCAAAAGCAAAAAGCCAGAAAAAAAAAAAAAAAACAAGGAAGAAAAAGAAACAAAACAACACCUAGGGUGUGACAGAAAAGUUUCUUAGAGCCCAUGGAAAGCACCUAAUUCUGGGUCAGAAGAGAAUCUCGGAGAAAAGGUGGGGAGAGGUUUAUAACGCUUAUUAAAAUAAUGUGGAGAGAAGACGUGUUUCAGGUGGAUGAUUUCAAAUCGUACUUUUAUGAGAUGGUUUUUUUGGGUCUCCAUGGAAGGCUUCUGUGAGCCUCUUCUCAUAAAGAAAAGACCAAAUUGGCUGAGAUGAACAGCUUAUAUUUUGUUAUGUGGAUUACGAUUUGCUAAGAAUAAGCCAAGACCGAUGAAUCCAUUUCACUGAGGAGUGGAGAGUGGAAUAGAGCAAAGUCCCAAAUGGGAGAGAUCAAUACUUGAUUUACUAAAGCAAGCCCUAAAAAAAAAAGUCAAUAACUGGUUAUAUUUUUUUAUACCUAUUUCUCUGCUUGGCUGAUAUUUAUUCAUAUAUGUAAUAGCAUUAUCUAAAUAAAUAUUUUAAACUAUACAUCAAUCUUAAAAUUCACAUUGUAAUGGAAUAUGAGAAAAAGCCAGUCUUUGAUGUGAUCGUGUAGCCUGUUUUAAAAUCUCAUACAAAUCUAUGAGCUAAUCUUAAAUCUUGAAACCCAUUCAAUGGCAUAUUUCAUAGUUUUAUACCAAAAUGCAAUUAACAACGAUAUUAUACUGUUACAAUAAAAGGUAUACCCAUUA